AUAUUUAAAAUGAGCCAAGAAAAAAUUGAAAUAUUUGAAAAUGAUUUAUCAAAAGAGAAAAAGAAGAGAAAGCAAUUAGCAUGCAGUCUUAAUUCCAUACAGAAGGCUUUGAAAGUUAAAAGUGAGGAAUUAGAAAAAUCAAAAUCAGAACUUACAUUCCUGUAUGAUGAAAUUCAAAGUCUUCCAGGGGCAGUAGACAGCAGAGACCAUUUUUUAACAGCAUAUGACCUGCUACAGAAAGAGAAUUCUGAAUUAGAAACAAAGGUCUUGAAGCUUUCACAAGAAUUUGAAAAUUUAAAUCAUUUUACUCUCGGGGGGAAAACUGCAAAUUUAAUUACAAGUGAGAAUACCUGUAAAGAUCUUGUGUCUAAAUUAUCGAUUUUGGAAAUAGAGAUUCAAAAUCCAAAGGAAGAAAGAGAGGAACUCUGUCCCACAUUAGGAGAAAGUGAGCAGAAGGAAGCUCCAGAGGAAUCAGGGGAGGAAGGCACUGCCCCAGCAGAGAGGCAGAAGGAAGAGGACUCCCAGCAGAAUCGAGAGAUGAAGGGUGAAGAACAGCCCUUGACCGUGAAGCCUGAGGAGGUUGUGAGGCUUAGAGAAGAGCUGAGCCAUAUUGAUCAGAGCCUCCUGCAGUCUCAGAGCUCUGGGGAUAGUUCAGAUGACAGUAGUGCCCAGUAUUCAUUGUCUGGAGAAAAACUAAAAUGCCAACAGCAAGAGGAAGUACAACAACUUCGCCAGAAUUUGCACCGGCUCCAGAUCCUUUGCAACUCAGCUGAAAAAGAGCUUCAAUAUGAGCGAGGAAAGAACUUGGACUUAAAGCAGCAUAAUAGUUUACUGCAGGAAGAGAGCAUUAAGAUGAAAAUUGAGCUACAGCAAGCCCAACAGAAGUUACUGGACAGCACAAAGAUGUACUCCUCCCUCACGGCAGAGUGGAAGCACUGUCAGCAGAAAAUCAAGGAACUGGAGCUGGAAGGACUCAGACAGGCUCAGAGCAUCAAAGCACAGAGCACCCUGCAGGAAAGGCUGGCUCAGGAGAAAUCGAAGGUUGCCAGUGCAGAAGAAAAGAUUCUGGAACUGCAACAGAAACUAGAAUAUGCUCAGAAAGUCUGUCUCACAGACACUUGUAUUUUGAAGAAGAAGCAACUGGAGGAGAAGAUCAAAGAAGCACUAGAAAAUGAAGCUAAAGUGAAGCAACAGUAUCAGGAAGAACAACAGAGGAGGAAACUCUUAGAUCAGGAUGUCAGUGAGCUGCAAAGACAAGUGAAGACCUUACAGGACAAAGAGAACCACCUGGAAAUAACCAGUUAUCAGCAACAAUCCAGAAUUCAGCAACAAGAAGCCCUCCUUAAACAACUGGAAAAUGAGAAAAGAAAAUCUGAUGAGCUUAUGAAGAACAACCAGGAAUUGUCAGAGAAGCUGUCUAGGUUACAGCAGGAGAAGGAAGUUCUCUGUGAAGAGUACGGGCGAUUUCUGAAGCAGGUUGAUGCCCAUGUGAGGAACUAUAACAGGAAGCAUCACCACAACAAAGUCAAGCUUCAGAAAGUCAAGGAGGAUUUUGUUCAGAAAGUAGAACUACAAGAGGAGAGAAUCAAACAACUUGAACAUGAAAUUGGAACACUGCAACAACAAAUGGAAAAGGAGAGGGCAUUGCAGGACCAGAUCACUGCCCAGAAUGAUGUCCUGCUCCUAGAGAAAAGGAAGCUUCUGGAGCAGGUGACAGAACAAGAAGAAGUGAUCCACAGCAACAAAUGGAUAAUAACUUCAAUCCAGAGCAGAGCACUUUUCCUGGACAAAGAAAAUAAGCAAUUACAGGAAAAUAGUCUCCGGCUCACCCAGCAGAUUAGCUUCUUAGAGCGCAUUAUACGAAACAUCAAGAUUCGCGGAGGACAGGAAACAGAAAUCCCUGAACUUGAACUACUGAAGAACAUAUUGCCUUUACCAAACUCCAGUUUUUUAGGAACCAGUUUGGGAGCUGGGAGUCUUCAAGAGACUGAAGAUAAUGUGUCAGAAGCAGCGAUGGCAGCCCCAGAGUCCCUUGAAUCUCCUUCACGUUUAAAAAGUCCCAAAGCUGGACAGACAGCUGAAGCUUCUGUGAAAGAGACACACAGCACGCCAGAACAGGAACACAAGCCAGGACUAUGACAUCACUGCUCUCUGAAGCUACACGGACCACACCUGCUCACUGAAAGUGUAGACGCGAAACUGGACCGUGACAGAGAGAAGUACUGCAGGUCCCCACUUACAUCAACCACAAGUCUUUAAAAAC